CACUACCUUAGGUCAUAGGUGUUGUUCUUCACCGACAAUCGACUACGGGCAGUUAUCGUGUUUUUGGUUGAACCGAAAAUCUAAGAAGAGCUGCGGCGUAAUGAUUUGCGUACGGAAUAAAGCAUCCCAGAUCGGGCAAUAUCUGAAGGCGUCGAGCUCAGCUGUAGCUUCGCAGAGUCGGCCUGUUGUUAAUGUAAUUCCUAAGUCAAAUAAAGACGAAAGGUUCCCAUCCGACCCAGAAGCUGUAACGUCGAAUGCCCUUGCUAAUGUGCUUCCACACCAGGGUCGUACGAUGGUUGUUGCCGGCUCCUUUUCGGCUGGCCAGCAAAUCCGCUUGGCACACACUGAUAUUCAAGUACCCAACUUCGAUGUAUAUCGUGUUAAGUCUCGCCUGAACCCAACCGUUCUAUCGCCCACAACUCAGGAAGGUGCCAAGAUGACGAGUUAUCUUAUUGUAGGUGCAUCUGUCGUGGCAGGCACUUGCGCUGCCAAGGGCCUCGUUACUACGUUCGUGUCCAACCUCAGCGCCUCAGCUGAGGUUCUCGCUCUCGCUAAGAUUGAAAUUAAGCUCUCAGACAUUCCUGAAGGCAAGAAUGCAACGUUCAAAUGGCGAGGUAAGCCACUGUUUAUUCGACAUAGGACCGCCAGUGAAAUCUCACGCGAACGAGCCGUCAAUAUUAGCAUGUUGCGCGACCCACAGAAGGAUGAGGAUCGGGCAACAAGGCCUGAAUGGCUCGUCGUUCUCGGGGUCUGCACCCACCUCGGUUGUGUUCCCAUCGCUAACGCAGGCGACUUCGGGGGAUAUUACUGCCCCUGCCACGGCUCACACUACGACUCGGCUGGACGCAUUCGAAAAGGACCAGCUCCUCUCAACCUUGAAGUGCCGGCUCACGUUUUUGUCGAUGAGAAUACGCUCGUUGUCGGCUAAUUUUUUGCCGAGCGAUAAGAAAACCUGCAGAUGCAGAUAGGAGAGAAACGGGUCAGGUGGAAACUGGCAUAUUCAGGUUUACAGGAAUCUAGGUUGCCAAAAGUGGAUGUACUUUAGACGUAAUAAACGGAAAAAUAAAAAAAAAUAUGAUCAGCUUGUAAAUCGUCGAGUUUUACACGAAAAAUAGUUGACUCCAGUCAUUUGUUUCGCCCAUAGCUACAUAGGGAGAUGCAAGCCUGCUUCUUUUAUACUAAAUAUCAAGUGCAAAACAAAUAAGUACACAAUAUGCCAGUUAUAACGAAGAAAGUAAGGUAACUCACAAAUAUUGCCGAAGAAAAUGCCUGUGUUAUUUAUUGGUUUACGAUUUUUUCGACAUCGAUUAAGAACGAUUAGUCGUUCAGUAGAAAACGAUGACUUAUGUUAGACAUCAAUACGAUGAAAUAAACAGUAAAGAUAAAGGAAUACAGGUGAUAAAUUGAAAUGAAUGACGAUCAUGAGAAAGAAACAUGCUGGCGUCAAGGAAACACUGUUUUUAGGAGCAAAUUUACCUAAUACAUGUUAACGUCCACCACAAAAACGUUAACCAUUAGUUGUAAGAAAAUAAAAAAUCAAUAAAAAAUGCUCUAAUAU